CGAUAAAGGAGAGCAGACGACGCUGGGAUUAAUCAUUAAUGUCCUGAGAGAUAAAGAACGGGAAUCUAGAAGCAUACGAAAGCAGCAGCCGGCCAAAGAGCAGAAGAGGAAGCAGCAGACGAGCAAGAAGAAGACGGCAAAAGUUUUUAAUUGGAAGAAACUAUCAUCUGAGGACCAAAAGUCAUAAAUACAAGUCCGUUUCACUUCUGCUGCUGGAAGCCUUCGUCCUUUCGUGCGUCCCCUUCUGCUAAUUGCUUUGUGUGCCCUGCUCCUGGCUCCUUCUUGUCCUCACUAAGCAGCCCAGAUCCUUCCACACUCAAGGCUCAAGAUACUUACACCGCCGAAGAUACCUGAACUGCAGCUGUGCAGCCAGCCAGCCAGCCAGCCAGCCAGCAUUAUUUGCCCCGAGGAAAAUGGAAAAAGUGGAAAAAUCCGUACGCCAACGCGUCUCGACGUCUGUCAUGUGCGAUCCGAGUUUUGUGGCCCCUAACUAAGGCGCCUUGCAUAAAUUUACGCCAGAGGAUAAGCCCAAAAAAAAAAAGUAGAGAAAAGAAGACGACUGGCAAGGCAAACAUAAAGCAAUUUUAUGCGUUUUUAAAAUGCCGGCAAUUGACUGAAACAACAAAAGCGAACUCUGAGACUGGAAAAUUCAGAUGGGCCGCAUGUGAGCACGUUUUCCGCUUUACACCGAAGGGUAAAUCAAAUACGAGACCAAAACCGCAUCGAAAGGGAAAGAGGACCAGGACCCCAUAUACUCCAUACCACUAUACCAUAUCUCAGUUGCUGAUAAGCAAUAUAACGCAAAUGCUUGAUGGUUUGUUGACGACCAACAAAAAGUUCCUUGAGCGUGUGUAAACAUUGGGAAAUACUGGAAAACGGAAAACAGAAAGCAGAACAGCGGAAAAGCAGCAAAACCAGCAGCAAGGACAUCGAACGAAGGAGCCAUCCAGCCAUCCAACCAGCCAUCCAGCGUUUAUAAAUGCGCUACAGUUACAAAUUGUUGCCACAGCUAGCAUCGUGCACAAUUAGCGCCAUCGGAGCCAGGGAGCCAAGAAACAACCAAUGGAACAUGUUGAUGCCGGUGCGGGAGUACAACAAGCACAUAGCCAAAAUACCAAAUUGCAAGAUGAGGCAACGGCCAACGCUUAGAGCCACCUUCGCAUCCCUACUGCUACUGCUUUUCCAAGUCGCCCAGGCUCUGGAUCCGGCGGCUGCCAGUGGUUCAGUGGCCGGAAGUGGUGCUGCAGCGGGUGGUGCAGGUCCAGCUUCCACCGGCGGUGCAGGUGGCGGCAGUCUGAGCAGUGGUCCACCCACUCUCAUUGCCAAUCUCACGGAACAGGGCAGUCCCGGUGUGUAUAAUUCGACAAUGGGUUAAUGCUAAUUACCCGUCUAUAUAUAUAUUUGGCAUUUACGUGGUUGUUUAGCCGACCUUUCAACCUUUUAGCCCCCCAACAACACUGCCAUUUUGGUAUUUGCCAGGAUGUUUAUGCGUGGUACUUGGCUAUCAAAUUUAUUACAAAAAGCUGUUAAAAAUAUAUAAUCCGAUUACUGACUUGACUUAAUUUUUAUUUAAUUGUGAAUUUUAAAAUAAGCAAUGUGGUCAUACUUCCCUACAUUAAAAUUUUAUAAUUUAUAUGCAUAUAAGCAAAGUAAAAAAGCUUUAUAUUUAAAUCUAUAUUUUUACUGUCAUUCAUUUCAUCAAAAUUUAAAGUAGGAUUAGCUUAGCAAUUGGAUUACACUUAAGAAAAACGAUCUGGCAAAUCUUCUACACAAGUUUAUGUGCUUUCGACCACACUUAAUUUGGCUCAAGUCAAGUAUUCAUGAAAUUCUUAGCAUAAACUUGGUAUGUUUUUGAGUGUGUGUGUGUGCCAAUGUUUGUGUGUAUUUCCUUGUGCGCAUUUCCGGUUUCCGCUUCCGGUUGCCAAGCGACAAGGGGUGGCAAAAACUAUUAGCCACUUGGCGCUAAAUAACACCACCCACGCCCACUCAUCCCAGCCACUGAGGCAAAACACUAAGCAUCAAUUAACCCAAUUUUCAGAAUCCAUUUUCACCUGCAGUUACGGCUUCAGCUCACAACUCCGGAGCUUUGGCUUUUUCUGAGUAUUUUUCUAGCUGCGUGUUUCACAGCUCCAUGCUUGCAUAUAUAUGUUUUUUGCUAUUUUUUUCUAGUAACCUUUUGUUUUUUUUUCUUUUGCCCCUUUCUCUUUGCCGGCAAAUACCCAAGUGGCGGUGUUGAAACCAACGUCCAACUCCCAAUUCCCCAGACCCACCUAAUCUUAUAGAUUUAAUUCCGGGCACUCUUGCCCAGACUUUUUCGUGUUCCGUUCUUUUCCAUCUUUUCUUUCGCAGGCGUUGGCGCUAUUGUUGUAGUUUGGUUUGGUUUGGUCACUGGAUCUGGAAAUGGAAAUGGAGUGGAAGCUGAAACCAUAAUUAAUCCAUUGAUUUUCGAUUUUUUUCAGCUUAAAUAAUUCAUACAAAUCAUUUCAGCAAUAAAUAUGCAUUCUUUCACAGCAUUUAACAAUGAAUUUUUCAGGCAACAAAAGUUUUUUUUU